AUGACUGACAGAUAUCGUUUAUGGAUUGAUGAAGUAAGUCAACUAUUUGGUGGACUUGAUAUAUGUGCUAUUGAAGUAAUUAAAUCAACAAAUGGAAAGGAAUAUAUUAUUGAAAUAAAUGAUUGUACCAUGCCAUUAUUAAAUGAUACGCAAGAAGAUUGCCGAUCUAUUGCCGAACUUAUUAUGCAUAAAAUGCAAAUUUAUUGUCGACCUGAUCAACAACUAUCAAUUUUAACACGAAUAUCAAGUUUUGAUGAAUUACCAAAACUUCCACAAAAUAAUAAAUUAAAAAUUAAUCAAAAUGGAAAUAUUCGACGAAUAUCACAUACUACUGAUAAUCAAGAUACACUUGCUAAUUUAAAAAGAAAAAUGGUUAGAAUUUUCCGCGACGUGUAG